UAGGGGAAGCGGGUGCAACCAGGCCCAAGUCUGGAGUUUCCAUUUGGCCCCUGAGCUCGGCGGACACGCAGAGCCAGCCCAGAGGAGCCGUUCUGACCCAGCCCCAGCUGCUUUCCUGCCCUCCGGUCGCCAUGGGGAGUACGCUCAGCCCCCGACUCUGCCUCGCACCCUUGUUCUUGGUCCUCUUGUCUGGAGGUGUGACUGCGACUCCCUUGCCUGAAGCCCAGCCCCAAAGCCCCUGCUCUCUAGAAGGGGUGGAGAUCAAAGGCGGCUCCUUCCAACUUCUCCAGGAGGGCCAGGCACUGGAGUAUGUUUGUCCCUCUGGCUUCUACCCGUACCCUGUGCAGACACGCACUUGCAGAUCCAUGGGAUCCUGGAGCCCCCUGAGGACCCAAGAUCAAAAGACUGUCGCCAAGGCCGAGUGUAGAGCAAUUCGCUGCCCAAAACCUCAGGACUUUGAGAAUGGGGACUACUGGCCCCGGUCUCCCUACUACAAUGUGAAUGAUGAGAUCUCUUUCCACUGCUACCAUGGUUACACUCUCCGGGGCUCUGCCAAUCGCACCUGCCAGGUGAAUGGCCGGUGGGAUGGGCAAACCGCCAUCUGCGACGAUGGAGCGGGGUACUGCCCCAACCCAGGCAUUCCGAUCGGCACAAGGAAGGCGGGCAGCCGGUACCGUCUUGAAGACACUGUCACCUACCACUGCAGUCAGGGGCUUACCCUGCGCGGCUCCCAGCAACGAACAUGCCAGGAAGGUGGCUCCUGGAGUGGGACAGAGCCUUCCUGCCAAGGCUCCUUCAUGUACGACACCCCUCAAGAGGUGGCGGAAGCCUUCCUGUCUUCCCUAACACAGACUUUAGAAGGAGUUGAUGCUGAGGACGGGCACAGCCCAGGGGAACUGCAGAAGCGCAAGAUUGUCCUGGACCCCGCCGGCUCCAUGAACAUCUACCUGGUGCUGGACGGCUCAGACAGCAUCGGGGCCAGCAACUUCACAGGGGCCAAGAGGUGUCUCGUCAACUUGAUUGAGAAGGUGGCGAGUUAUGGGGUGAGGCCAAGAUAUGGCCUAGUGACAUAUGCCACAUACCCCAAUGUUCUGGUUAGAGUGUCGGAUCCAAAGAGCAGUGAUGCAAACUGGGUCACAGAGAAGCUCAAUCAAAUCAGUUAUGAAGACCACAAGCUGAAGACAGGGACUAACACCAAGAGGGCCCUCGUGGAAGUGUACAACAUGAUGAGCUGGCCAGGGGACGUGCCCCCUGAAGGCUGGAACCGCACUCGCCACGUCAUCAUCCUCAUGACUGACGGCUUGCACAACAUGGGGGGCGACCCAGUCACUGUCAUUAAUGAGAUUCGGGAUUUGCUAAACAUUGGCAAGGAUCGCAAAAACCCGAGAGAGGAUUACCUGGACGUCUAUGUGUUUGGGGUUGGGCCUCUGGUGGAGCCAGCGAACAUCAAUGCCCUGGCUUCCAAGAAGGAGAACGAGCAACAUGUGUUCAGAGUCAAGGACAUGGAGCACUUGGAGGACGUUUUCUUCCAGAUGAUUGAUGAAAGCCAGUCCCUGGGGCUCUGUGGCAUGGUGUGGGAGCACAGGGAAGGCACCGACUACCACAAGCAACCAUGGCAUGCCAAGAUCUCAGUCACUCGCCCUCAGAAGGGACAUGAGAACUGCAUGGGGGCUGUGGUGUCUGAGUACUUCGUGCUAACAGCAGCACACUGUUUCACAGUGGACGACCAGAAGCACUCAAUCAAAGUCAGCGUGGGAGGGAAGAGGCGGGACCUGGAGGUAGAAGAAGUUCUAUUUCACCCCAACUACAACAUCAAUGGGAAAAAGGCAGAAGGAAUCCCCGAGUUUUAUGACUACGAUGUAGCCCUGGUGAAGCUCAAGAGUAAGCUGACAUACAGCCAGACUCUCAGGCCCAUCUGCCUGCCCUGCACGGAGGGGACCACUCGAGCCUUGCGGCUUCCUCAGUCAACCACCUGCCAACAACACAAGGAAGAGCUGCUCCCUGCGAAGAACGUCAAGGCUCUGUUUGUGUCUGAGGAGGAGAAGAAGCUGACUCGCAAGGAAGUUUACAUCAAGAAUGGGGAUAAGAAAGCCAGCUGCGAGAGGGAUGCUCAAUACGCUCCUGGCUAUGACAAAGUCAAGGACAUCUCGGCGGUAGUCACCCCCAGGUUCCUCUGCACUGGAGGAGUGGAUCCCUACGCUGACCCCAAUACUUGCAGAGGUGACUCUGGUGGGCCUCUGAUCAUUCACAAGAGGAGUCGCUUCAUUCAAGUUGGUGUCAUCAGCUGGGGAGUAGUAGAUGUCUGCAAAGACCACAAGCGGCGCCUGCAGGCACCUGCUUAUGCCCGGGACUUUCAUAUCAACCUCUUCCAAGUGCUGCCCUGGCUCAAGGACAAACUCAAAGAUGAGGAUCUGGGUUUUCUGUAAGGGGUUUCCUGCUGGAAAGGGGCGUGGGACCCAAUUUAAACAGCUGCGACUAGCCCUGUGUUCCAGAUCCUCUUGGGGGAAGGGAGUGGGGAAUGUGCACUGGCCAUGUGGUUGCAACUGAGAUAGAAUCUGACAGCCGUUUUUAAAGGCUUAACCCCCAUCCCAAGUGCUGAAAAACCAGAGGCUGAGGGAGAUGUGUGUACUUCCACCUCAGUGUUUUACUGAGACCAGCAUUGGGGGCAUAUGAGGCACGAGGAAUCCAGCUCCGUUCCCUAGAAGCUAUCCACAAGGUUCUCCUUGUAGACAUCGUCAUUGUAGACAAUCUGGGUCCUCUUGUCCCGGUGGCAACCCUUAGGGCUGUUCUGGACAGCUACGGAGUGAGGAAACGACAGUUAAGGUGCGAAGGAGAUCACCCAUCAGACCCGAGGCCCACAGCCUGACUACUUCCCCCUUAGCCCCAGCCUCUGGAAGUCCCGUUUUUAAGCUGCCCUCUGGUGGCCAAGAUUGGCCUGCCGCCUCUCAGCUCCCACAGGCCAGCGGCAGCCAACUCGUGCCCAGGGCCAGCGUAAGCUGUGCUUGGGUCACAUCUGGAUAUUGUGAUGAAAUGUCUUGUUCUCAGAGAAUCCCCAAAUGUCAUCACUGCUAAGUUCAGGAAUGCUGUUAACUCACUGCUUCCAGUCACUACAUCAAAAAAUAAAAAUCAGAAAACCUCUGUA